AUGGCCAAAGUUGCUUCUUUCAAUGCGUGCGAGCUCCAAAGGGGAUGUGCAGUCAUAUCAGUCAUGGCACGUGGUUUGCACUUCUUGCAGCCGAGUUUGAACCGCACCGCCUUCGGUGUCGAUCACGAAGUUAGUGGGCAUUGUGCCAUAGGAGGAAAUAUGCCUCGCAUUCAGGGCGCCAUGGCAGCAGUAACCCUUGGUCACACAAGACACCGACGGCGCAAAGCACGCACUGUGCACCGCCGUGUCCUGUCCGUAUCGACUAAAAGCGGAGAUCGGAUUCACCGGGAACUUUUUAACGAUGUCCAGGAGCUCUGGGCUGUGCGGAUGCCACACAACGGCGCAUAUCGGCUGCGGCAAGUCUUGUCCAAGUCAGAUUCAGGAAGAGCUGGAACUGAAACUGGAGGCAUUCGAAAAGGGCGGAUGCGGCAGAACUGGGCCGAUUUUAUUUUGAAACAACGGAAAGAGCAAGGGAUUUUCAACGUCGUCUCAGAGACACUUGGUGCUCACUCUUUGCUGCUUUUAGCACAUGAAGUAUCACCAGCUGACCUCCCAGAGGAAAUGCAGAAUCUCAUAGCUGCAUUUCAAGGAUCCUUCACUAGAUACACAUUAGUCUUGAACUACCAUAACUACAGCUACAAGGAGGUCUUGAGCCGUUUGCUCCCUUCCACAAUCACAGUGCCCUCUGGAUACGAGAUUGUCGGUCACAUCGCCCACUUCAAUUUACUGGAUCAGCAUUGGCCGCAUCGGUUCCUCAUCGGGGAAGUUUGCUUGGACAAAUGCCCAUGUAUCAAAACGGUUGUGGCAAAGCUCGGGGUCGUCUCAAACAAGUUUCGCACAUUUGACAUGGAGGUGAUUGCAGGGCAACCUUUGACGCAGGUCACCCUGAAAGAACACGGACUGCAGCUGCAGUUUGACUUCCAGAAGGUCUACUGGAACUCGCGCAUGUCCGCUGAACGCGGCCGAGUUGCAGCCAAGUGUGGACCUGGCGAAGUUGUGCUGGACCUUUGCUGCGGUGUUGGCGCAUUUGCACUGCUUUGUGCCAGGAAGGGCUGCCUCGUAAUUGCAAAUGAUCUGAACCCAGAUGCAGUGCUCUUCGCUCAGCGUAAUGCAGAAUUGAACAAAUUGAAUGUGACAACUUUGUGCAUGAAUGCCCGGGACCUGCUGCACUGUGCUUUUCAUGGAGAGCUAGACAUGCUAGAUUCCUUGGGGCUCCUUUUGUGUGACACAUCAAAGUCAUCAAAGUCAUCAAAGUCAUCAAAGUCAUCAAAGUCAUCAAAGUCAUCAAAGAUCCACGUGGUUUUCAAUUUGCCGGAGCUGGCACUCGAUAUCCUUUGCGACGAAGUCCAUCGAGCAAUUCCACCGCACGUGCAGAGUGGGAAGAUCCAAGAGGCGGAAAUACAUAGAGAAAAUCGGGCGGGAGAUGAAACAAACGAAAUGAAGAAUGCAAAGAAAGUCAGGAACGUGCAGGAAUCCAAUGAAGCGGACGACGUGCGUAACAUGAAGUGUGACAUGAAUGGCAUGGGUAACAUAACAAUUUCAUCAAGCAUGGCGCGCAGCGAGGGCAAUCUGAGCGUAUACUGCUACACCUUCGCCUCAUCACGGUCCGAAGUUUUGGAACAUUUGAAGCUGCUCCUUCCACACCUUCCGGAGGUACACACGGCAAAGAUCCGUCAUGUGCGCUUAGUUUCACCAUCCAAAGCCAUGUUUUGCGUAGAGUUCGACCUCGAGCUGAAAGGGGGCAUUUGUGUUUGUGAAUGUGGAAACAUGAAUGAUAAUGAAACAUGA